AUGACCCACAACAUCCCCUCCAUCACCCUCCUCUGCAUGGAGAAGAAAUACAUAAGCGCCCUAGAAUCCGCUCUCCCAAAACACUGGCGCGCCUACGACACCAAGCCCAAAAUUACCCUAACAACCCUGUACGAAUCCCUCCGCACCGUCCCCGAAACCACAAAAUUCGACCUCAUCGUCUCCCCCGCAAACUCCUACGGCUUGCUCGAUGGCGCCUUCGACGACGCCAUCUCGCGCUCCUUCUGCGUGAGGCAGAAACUACCGUAUGAAACGCUCACCUACGCAGUGCAGGACGUGCUGUAUGAAAAGCACCGUGGAUUCGCGCCGCCUGGAUCGUGUACGUUGGUGCGUUUUCCGGAGAAGAUGCUGGAGAAGGAGCAUAUGAAUGAGUGGGGGUGUCGGUGGAUUGCGAUCUGUCCGACGAUGCGGCUUCCUACGAAUGUGGUUUGGGAUCGCGAGGUGGUUUAUGAGUGUGUGUGGAGUUUGCUGUGUGAGGUUGAGAGACAUAAUCGCCGGCAGGAGGCAGAUAUGUAUGCAGGGAGGGGGAAGGAUCGGAUAGAGACGGUGCUUAUGACGCCUAUUGCUACGGGGGUUGGGAGGGUUAGUCCGGAGAGGUGGGCGGCGCAGGUGGUGUUGGCGUUGAAGCAUUUUGUGGAUGCGGUUGAGAAGCCGGAGAGGUGGGGGCGGUUGACUUGGAUGGAGUUGGGGACUGAUGCGAUGGAGGUGUCGAACACGUAUUAA